AUGACAGCCACCGCCAUGGACAGCAAAGGGGCUCCCAUAGUGGAGCGUCAUGAUGCCCAACCACAUGAAAUCCCCCAAGGGCCUGAGAGUUGGUGCGCCAAACAGCGAGGCCCGUCCGAAUUAGUUCAACUAUACCCUACGCCUGGGAAUUCACAAGAUAUUCGAACCCCCCGAUGUCCUGCCUGGGACGCAACCUCCCAGUUCUCGCGCGGAUGCAAAGCCCUCAUAGAUAUUAUUGCUAUCCAUGGUCUUGGAACGACGCAUGCUUCUUACAUUUGGAAGCAAUCCAGCGAGGCAGAGCCUAAAGGAACAAAUUGGCUCCAAGACCCAGAAAUGUUGCCUGCCGCGAUUCCGAACUCAAGGAUAUUCACCUACGAGUGGAACUCUGGGUUUGAUCAGAAUGCGGCCAUGAAGAAUAUGGCAGAGCAUGCAGAUGAGUUGCUGAGACAACUAUACAAGUUGAGGACCGCAACAGAGUCCACAGGCCCAGACGGUGAAACUCGCCCUAUUAUCUUUAUUGCUGCUUGCUUUGGAGGGCUGCUGCUGCUUAAAGCGUUCUCUCAGGCCGUGGCUGAAGACUAUCAGUCCCCAUACUCUUUAAUUCCGCUGCAGACAGCAGGUGCUAUUUUCAUGGGUACUCCGUUUUCAGGCAGUCACGCUAUACUAUACGAAACAUGCAACUUGCGGAUGCGUAUCGGAGAACAUCUCGGGAAAGAUACUUCUCAAUACCUCGUAAGUCUUUUGAAAAGUGACAGCCGCGAACUAGAGGAGAUAGUACAAGAUUUUAGGCAACUGAAUUCACGACCCGAGUUUGGCUUCCCUGUAUGUUGUGUCUACGAAACAAGAGACGCGGACUACAGCACAUCAAUGGGUAAAGUCAGAAAGAACCUACAGAGGAAAAUGCGCGAAAGGAGAGGCUGGAGAUUUGGCCAACAUGACAGGGUGCUUGACAAGCUGUGGAUGGAGCUACAAGACACGAUGGAAAGUGAUUUAUCCAUGAUGGUUGUAAACUGCCAAUCAGCCACCCUUCCUGAACACGAGAAACUCGCUCUUGACGUCAAACACGGCAAUUUGAUACGAUUUCCAGGGGCAGAUGAUCCGUCUUUCAGAAAGAUUGUAGACCUCGUUAAGAAGAUGGCCGGACAAGCUUCCGAAGUCCUGCGCCGAAAACAAAACGGCCUUUGA